UCAACCAUGACUGCAAUGGCUUUCGAGAAUCUAACUAAACCUGACAGCCGACAAAGCAUAAUGUUCAUUAGUGGGCCCGGUGAAUUCGCAGGUCUUCUUGGUCUUAUCACUGGGGAGCCAAAUAUUUAUUCGCUACAAGCGGUCGGCGAAACUUUGGUCGCGGUCAUGCCGAGGGAGCAUUUUUAUGCCUUGGUGCGUGGCUACCCAGGUGCUCUUUUUAGCAUCAGCCAUCUGAUGACAGAGCGAAUGUCGCCCUUUCUUCGGCAAGUCGAUUUCGCCCUCGAAUGGCUCACUGUCAAAGCUGGCAGAGCCUUAUAUAAACGUGGCGAGGCAUCUGAUAAUGUAUAUGUAGUACUCAACGGCCGUCUUAGACAGAUUAAUUUUCUUUCAAAUGGAGAACGACGGAUCGUUGGUGAGCUCGGCCGAGGUGAUCUAGUUGGAUUUCUCGAGGUCUUUAGCGCUCAGCCGCGUGCGCACACUGUCAUUGCUAUUCGGUGA